GAGGCUUGGCAGCCCCAUAGCCAUCUCGCGAGGCUGUGAUCAGCAGAUCUCGCGAGGUUCAGGAAAGCGCCCCGGGAACUGGGCCGCUGGGCCAGCCCCUGCGUCGGGGGGCAAGAUGGCAGCCCAGGCUUUGGCGCUGCUGAGAGAGGUAGCGAGGCUGGAAGCGCCGCUGGAGGAGCUACGCGCGCUUCACUCCGUGCUGCAGGCAGUGCCGCUCAACGAGCUUCGCCAGCAAGCGGCGGAGCUGCGCCUCGGCCCGCUCUUCUCCCUGCUUAACGAGAACCAUAGGGAAAAGACUACUUUGUGUGUAUCCAUUCUGGAGAGAUUGCUCCAAGCUAUGGAACCAGUUCACGUGGCCCAGAACCUCAGGGUUGAUCUGCAGAGGGGACUAAUUCACCCUGAUGAUUCUGUAAAAAUCCUCACUCUUUCCCAGAUUGGAAGAAUUGUUGAAAAUUCUGAUGCUGUUACUGAGAUUCUAAAUAAUGCUGAAUUACUAAAACAAAUUGUUUAUUGCAUUGGUGGAGAGAAUCUAUCUGUAGCAAAAGCGGCCAUCAAAUCCCUGUCAAGAAUAUCACUAACCCAAGCUGGACUGGAGGCUUUAUUUGAAAGCAAUCUGCUGGAUGAUUUGAAAAGUGUAAUGAAAACAAAUGACAUUGUUCGAUACAGGGUGUAUGAGCUAAUUAUAGAGAUUUCUUCCGUGUCACCAGAAUCUUUAAACUACUGUACCACAAGUGGAUUGGUAACCCAGCUCCUGAGAGAGCUGACUGGUGAGGAUGUGUUGGUCAGAGCCACCUGUAUAGAAAUGGUGACAUCACUGGCAUAUACUCAUCAUGGACGACAGUAUCUUGCUCAAGAAGGAGUAAUUGACCAAAUUUCUAAUAUAAUUGUUGGGGCAGAUUCAGACCCUUUCUCUAGCUUCUAUCUGCCAGGAUUCGUGAAGUUUUUUGGAAACCUGGCUGUCAUGGAUAGUCCUCAACAGAUCUGUGAGCGUUAUCCUAUCUUUGUGGAAAAAGUCUUUGAAAUGAUAGAAAGUCAGGACCCCACUAUGAUUGGUGUAGCUGUAGACACAGUUGGAAUCUUGGGAUCCAAUGUUGAAGGAAAACAGGUUUUACAGAAAACAGGAACUCGCUUUGAACGCUUGCUUAUGAGAAUAGGACAUCAAUCAAAGAAUGCCCCAGUGGAGCUAAAAAUUAGAUGUUUGGAUGCAAUUUCAUCUCUUCUGUACUUACCACCUGAGCAGCAGACUGAUGACCUUCUGAGGAUGACAGAAUCCUGGUUUUCUUCUUUAUCUCGGGAUCCACUGGAGCUCUUCCGUGGCAUUAGUAGUCAGCCCUUCCCUGAACUACACUGUGCUGCCUUAAAAGUGUUUACGGCCAUUGCAAACCAACCCUGGGCUCAGAAACUUAUGUUUAACAGUCCAGGUUUUGUAGAAUAUGUGGUGGACCGGUCUGUGGAGCAUGACAAAGCUUCAAAGGAUGCCAAAUAUGAACUAGUGAAAGCACUUGCCAAUUCCAAGACAAUUGCAGAAAUCUUUGGGAACCCAAAUUAUUUGAGGCUCAGAACUUACCUGAGUGAAGGGCCAUACUAUGUGAAACCUGUUUCCACGACAGCAGUAGAAGGAGCCGAAUGAUUUCUUCUAGAGCUCAUGUAGAGGACCACGUUUUGACCAAAACUUCUCCUAAGGCAUUUGACUCCAUCUAUAUUUCACAAAAGAGACUUGCUUUCCCCAAGAAUUAUCACGGAAUGUCAGAUGUUACUUUGUCACCAACACUGUUAUGUUUCUACAUUGAAAUGCAAAGUGGAACUAGGAGUUUGGAAUGCAUUAAGAGCAGGCAAGCUUGGUCAUAAUAGUUCCAGUGUUUUUCAGAUUCCUUUCACUGCCUUAAUCUUUGCAACAAGGUGGAAGUUUUUUUCUUCCCUCAAAAUUUUCAUGGACAUGCAAUCUUAUCUAAAAGCCUGCUUCAGGGCUGGGCGCAGUGGCUAACACCUAUAAUCCCAGCACUUUGGGAGGCCAAGAUGGGCAAAUCACUUGAGUCUAGGAGUUCAAGACCAGCCUGGCCAAUAUGGCAAAACCCCGUCUCUACUAAAAAUAUAAAAAUCAGCCAGGCAUGGUGGCGCACACCUAUAAUCUCAGCUACUCAGGAGGCUGAGGCACGAGAAUCGCUUGAGCCUGGGAGGCAGAGGUUGCAGUGAGCUGAGUGAGCUGAGAUCUUGCCACUGCACACCAGCCUGGGCAACACAGCAAGACUAUGUCUCAAAAAUAAAUAAAUAAAAUAAAAACCUGCCACCAAAUUAUUUCUGAAUUCUCUUCAGUAUCUUUUUUUUUCUUUUUGGUCCUUUUUCCGUUUCUGAUUCCACUUUCAAAGUCUUGGAUAGAUUCUUUGAAAAAUGAGUAGUAUGGAAUAUUAAGAUUAUGUUCCUUAUAUUCAGAAUACUUUUUAUGAGCUCUCUUGUUUUUUUGUUACUAUUAUUCCUUUGAAAAAAAGACUUAAAAUAUCUCAAAAAUGUUUAUAGUGUUCAUGUAAUUUUUUUUGCUGUUUACCAGUGAACUUUGCCCUGUUGUAGUUUUGGGGGAGGAAAAGUGAUAACAUGCUAAUCAGAAGGAUUCCUAAACUGUCAUUUCAUUUAUUGGUAGGUCAUGAUUGUUGAGGGUUUUUCUUUGGAUUUUUCAUACCUAUAAAGUCAAUCUUGAGUUGAUCAGAGAAAGGGAAACUUACUCCUAAUAAACAGACUCAGAAGGGACAUAUGCAUAAAUCAGGAUACCAUCUCAUUAAUUUACAAAGGAUAAUCUUUCUUUUCAUUGACAACACUUACACCCACCUAUUUUCCAGUGUUCUUCUCUCUAAACAGCAAAGCCAAAGCACUCUGCACACCAAAUCACCUGUUCAGAGGUUUAUGCAUGAGCAUAUUUCUUUUAGGCCAUGGUGAAGUUGAUAAACCACCCCUGCUUUGUAACAAAAUUAUUUUAAAGUGACUGGAAUUAUCUAGUCCCCAGAUUGAUCAUCUCCCCUGGCAACGUGACUCUCUUUUUUGUGUGUGUUUCCAUGCUGACCAGUCCCCUACUGUUAAUAUCACUACUAAUUAGGCUAUAGCCAGGUCUUUCCUGGCCUGAGAAGUAUUCUCUUAAAAUGACCUUUGUUUUAAUCUCAUUCAUGAUGUUGAUUUUUUUUCAAUGUGGUACAAUAUAUACAAUAAAAUUUGUCAUAACUAUUUUAAGUGUACAGUUCAGUAUAUUAAAUAUGUUCAUAAGUUGUACAACCAUCACCACCAUCCAUCUUCAGAAUUAUUUUCAUCUUAUACAAUUGAAACUGUAUUCAUUAAACAAUAAUUGUCUAGUCCCUCUUUUCCCCAGCCUCUGGCAACCACCAUUCUGCUUCAUGACAUUGACUUUAUUCACUUAACAUCAGAUUUUGGGGGGAUGCCCUCUCUCCUAUGUAUGGUCUACACAUUCUGAUUUUUUUUUUAGAUUGAAUAAAAUUUGUAAAUCAUUAUUUUCAUUUCAUAAGUAAA